UGUAAUUGAUGGCGUGACAGCAGUAGUCGAGAUCUCACCUGGUGACGGCUCGGUCAUCAGAUCCAACGGAGCUCUGGCCAAUUACUUCACACAUUACAAAUCUAAAGCUGCUCACAGAGAUACUGUGUAUUACCUGAGUGGACUUCCACCCGAUGUCCCUGGUCAGCUGUAUUCUGUCAGAUCUGUGGUCACACGGGCCAGCAGGAUUCUGAAAUGCUUCAUCCAGGCCAGAACUUCUCUGAGGACUCAUCUGCCUUUUUUAUGUUGGAAAGAGACUGUAGUGUGUGAUUGUGUGAAUGUGGUUCAGGAGGUGAACGUGACGGGUACAGGAUGUUUUAAAGCGCUCUCAGAUGGGACUGCUGAGGUUUUGUUCCUCAACGGUGUGAGAGCUCAGAUGAUGUGGAGUUCAGACUCGUACACACCUGCACAGCAGAAACUCACAGCAGAGGUCAGGCCUUCAGAAAGAUGGUGUCAGAUCAGUCUGCCAGACGGUCAUCAGACACUUGUCCAGGUGGAUAAAAACAAACCUUAUCAAAGGUAUGUGUCAGCAUUAGUGGAGUGGUGUGAGUGGGUAAAGCAGACAGAACAGAGCAAAAGCAUAGAGGGUGUGGCCUUCUCAGACUCCGCCCAUCCUAACACACAUCAGCCAAUAACCUACAGAUCUGUUGUCUCAGAACUGGAAAAGAUUAAAAGGUUUAACUUUUUGUUGGAGAACAGCCAUGUCUUGGGUUCUGCAGGAAGAUCUUUGGGCUGUGAGCGUUCAUCUGACCUUUGUGAAGUUAAACUGACCGAUAACUGUAUCUCUGAGGCUUUGGAGAAAACCUCUAAAGCCAUACGAGAUAUUAACACGCUCUUAUCAGAAAAACCAUAGACUUUUCGACACGAUUAUACGGCAUUAGAAACUAGAUACUGUGUUCGAUGCCGACCCACUGUAUACAGACAUGUACAUACUGUAAUCAUUAUCGAGACUGGGUUGAUGACAUCAUAAUGCUGAUGGGAUCGAAAUAUCAGCAGAUGACUCCGGGCCGGAUCCGCACUGGAGCUGGUAACUUUGGCGUGUAUCCGGUGCAGAUCCGGCCCGGAGUCGUCUGCUGUUUGGAAGGGGUUGGAUUACAGGAGGUUGAUCAUAAGUUAAAACACAUAUUAAUACUGAAAAAUGUCAUUUAAUUUACUCAAUAAAUAAUUAUGUCUGUUUUUGCUCACAAAUAAAUGUUAUGAAUGGUAAAGGAAUUCAAGUAAGACAUAGAUAAAGUCCUGUUGCAGAUGUUUCAGUCAUUUCUGUCAACCAUACUUGCAGACAAACUAAUAACUUGGUUGUAACAUCAUGUAGUGCAUUAAUAUAUCUAUAUAUAUAUGCCUUAGUUUGUAUUUAUCAUUGUCUUUCCGUCCUCUCAGUGAAUGUUUAAAUGUAACAAAGCAGCUCUAUAGUCACAGACCAAAUGUGUUGCUUCCUGUCUAUUGUGGCUGUCCGAAUUAUGUGAAACUGUAAACCUGACCUCAGAUCAGGGCUGUGACUGCUGGUGAUAGUAAAACCCUGCUCACACCUCUUUAUUAUUAAAGUAAUGGAAACGCUUA